UCUUAACCCAACCACACAAAUCACAUUCCUUGAGGAUCAAAUACUACAAUUUCCUCACUUCUUUAUAAUCCCCUUCACUCCACUCUCCUUCUUCCUUCAAAUCGAUCUCUUCCCCCUGGCCGGCCACACACAUCUUCCACCAUGAAGAACAUACCUCUCUACUUCCUCCGAUCUCCGCCGUCUCUUCGCUUGCCGUUGCCACCCGCCAACCCCUUCUUGUCUCAUCUCUCCUAUUUCAUAACCAUCUCACUCUUUGGCUUUGGAGCUCUAAAGCUCACCCAAACUAGAACCUCCUCCUCCCCAAAUGACCUCAACCUUUUCUUCACCUCUGUCUCUGCUGUUUCAGUAUCGAGCAUGUCUGUCGUUGAAAUGGAAGUCUUUUCCAACUUCCAACUUCUCAUCAUCACCACCCUCAUGUUCCUCGGCGGUGAAGUUUUCGUCUCCGCCGUCGCGUUCCAACUCUCUCGUCGGUUCAAAUAUUUGAACGAAGAAAACCAUGUCGAUUCGGUUCGGUCCAUUGAGAUGGAAGAAAAUGGGACGUCGUCAUCCACGAUGGUCACCAUUGAUGAGUUGAGUAUCUCAAGAUCAUGUUCGAAGGUUUUGGGUCAUACGAUAAUUGGGUAUCUUUUGGCGACGAAUGUUCUUGGUUCUUUUCUCAUUUUUAUAUACAUUAUUGUGGUACCUCAUGCAAAGCAAGUGCUUGAAAGCAAAGGCAUCAAUUUCUUUACUUUUUCAAUUUUUAGUACGGUUUCUACUUUUACCAACUGUGGGUUCAUACCUACUAACGAAAAUAUGAUCGCUUUCAACAACAACUCCGGCCUUUUGCUCAUCCUCAUACCACAGGUAUUGUUGGGAGGUUGUUUAUAUCCAGUGGGUCUCCGGUUGGUGAUAAUGGCAGUGGCGAAGGUGUCGGGGAAGAAGGAGUGGAGAUACAUAUUAAAGAACGAGUCAAAGAUGGGGUAUUCCCAUCUCUUGCCAGGGCUCCAUUGCGGGUUUCUGGCUGUGACAGUGGCAGGAUUCAUAGUGUUUCAAUUGAUUAUAUUUUGCUCAUUGGAAUGGAACAACUCCGACGGAAUUUGGGAUGGCUUGAAUCCCUACCAGAAGUUUGUGGCCUCACUUUUUCAGGUCACUAACUCAAGACAUACCGGAGAAUCCAUCGUCGAUAUCUCAGUCAUCUCGCAGGCAAUCUUGGUUGUUUUUGUUGUCAUGAUGUAUCUCCCACCAUACACAACUUUUUUACCCAUAAGGAACAACAAAGAGAGAGCUUCAAUAAUGACUGAUGGGAAGAACAGAAGACAAUACUUAGUGGAAUUAUUCACAUUCUCACAGCUCUCUUAUUUGGCCAUUUUUAUCAUUCUCAUAUGCAUCACUGAGAAGCAAAAAUUAAGAGAUGAUCCUCUUAACUUUACUCUCCUCAACAUCACCAUUGAAGUCAUCAGUGCAUAUGGAAAUGUUGGAUUCUCAAGUGGGUAUAGCUGCAAAAGACAAAUUAAAGUUGAUAGCUCUUGCAAAGAUGCAUGGUAUGGAUUUGCUGGAAGGUGGAGUUCAAAGGGAAAAUUCAUUCUUAUUCUUGUCAUGAUUUUUGGAAGAAUGAAAAGUUUUACUAUGCAUACUGGUAAAGCUUGGAAAUUAUCAUAACAAUUACCCUAGCUUUAUUAUAUAUAUACACACACACAUAUAUAAUAAAUGUUAUAUGUUGUAUUUAGGUUAUUACCAGACGAGACUUCUUUAUGCUGUAAUAUAAUGUAAGGGCAAGUCUUGCUUUUAUACCAAGUUGAUUGAAACUAUAAGGUAAUUAAUUACAUUGUGUGUACCGUAUAACAAUUUGGCAACUUUGGUUAAGGUAUUGUAUA